GCACCUGGACGCCCAGGAAAUCCUGGACCACCUGGCCGAGACGGAAUACUCUUACCCGGACCACCACCGAAGCCACCAUGUCAGAAAUGCCCUCCGGGACCUCCUGGACCCCCAGGACCUCCAGGACCAAAAGGACUCCCAGGUCCACAAGGAGAUGCUGGAUCACCAGGUCACGAUGGAUCGCCAGGAAUACCAGGACCACCAGGGCCACAAGGCCCUCAAGGACCGCCCGGAAUUCCCGGUGACAAAGGACCACCGGGCGAUCCUGGUAAAGUUAUUAACGGUGCACCACCAGGCCCUCCAGGACCACCAGGACCUCCUGGACCUCAAGAAAACACUACGAUUUCAGGUCCACCUGGACCACCAGGAAGAGAUGGCCAACCCGGCAAACCUGGACCUCAAGGUCCUGCAGGUGAUCCAGGCGAGAAAGGUGCCGAUGGCUUGCCUGGACCACCUGGUCCUCCUGGACCAAGGGGACCUCCUGGACAGCCGGGCUCAUGUGACCAUUGUCCACCGCCACGCACUGGUCCUGGAUUCGUACGUCGUUGAUCGAUCACUAAAAAGAUCAACAUUGCUCUCCAUCCGAUUGCAGUGA